AAGAAGAAUGUUGGAAAUAGAAAGCAUCUCUGUUUCCUUCUGACACUGACAGCCAUUGAUCCCCUCGAAGAGCAUCUCAAUCCCCAACCGCCCUGCCUGCCUUCCCAUCCCACAAAUCCUCGUCGGAAUCUGAUAUACUUCGACGGUGUCCGUCCACAUCUGAUUCUCAGAAUUUCAAAUUGCCGGAGAUGUCGCCGGCCAACCGCCCCGUCCCGGCGAGUUUGGAGUCUCUUGUCAACGAGUUGGAGGAGAUGAAUGACCGGAGAACGGAUGCACACGAGCCUUUGAUAUCUAGGGUUUCGAGCCUUCCCGCCGGCCCUUCUGCUAACAAUCAGAGGAGGCGGAAACCUCUGGCCAAGACGGUUUCUGCCCCGUGUUAUCCCCGCCGCCAGUCUUCCUUCAGCCGUGAACUCGGCCAUGCCGCGGCUGAGACCUACUUGAUCACUCGCCUUAGCUUCAAGCUUCUUAGUUAUCUCGGGGUAGGCUAUCGUUGGAUUACACGACUUCUUGCUCUUGGUAUAUAUGCUAUGUUGCUUAUGCCUGGAUUUAUUCAAGUUGCUUUUUAUUACUUCUUUUCACCCAAUGUACAGAGAAGUGUUCUUUAUGGGAGUCAACCAAGAAAUAGACUGGACUUAUAUUUACCAACGGAUAGAAAUGGCUCAAAGCCGGUUGCAGUAUUUGUCACUGGUGGGGCAUGGAUUAUUGGGUACAAAGCAUGGGGUUCCCUAUUGGGGAAACAGUUAUCAGAACGUGACAUCUUAGUAGCGUGUCUUGACUACAGAAAUUUUCCACAGGGGACGAUAGGUGAUAUGGUGGAAGAUGUUUCUGAGGGGAUCUCAUUUGUAUGCAACAAUGUUGCUCAAUACGGAGGUGAUCCAAACAGGAUUUAUCUCAUGGGUCAAUCUGCUGGUGCACACAUUUCUUCAUGUGUUCUUGUAAAGCAGGCGAUUAAAGAAUCAAGAGGGGAAGUGGUUUGUUGGAGCGUCUCACAAAUAAAGGCGUAUUUUGGUUCAUCAGGGGGGUAUAAUUUACCCAGCUUAGUAGAUCACUUCCAUGGCAGAGGGUUAUAUCGUUCUAUAUUUUUGAGUAUAAUGGAAGGUGAAGAAUCUUUGUUAAGCUUCUCCCCUGAAGCUUUGGUACAGGAGCCAGACUCCAAAGCCGCGGUUUCAUUGCUACCCCACAUUAUCCUCUUCCACGGCACUGAAGAUAAGUCCAUACCUUGUCAAGAAAGUAAAAGAUUUGUGAAUACCCUCCGGCGAGUAGGGGCCCACGCUGAACUGAUAUUGUACAAGGGGAAAACCCAUACAGAUUUAUUUCUCCAAGAUCCUCUGAGAGGUGGGAAAGACGAACUUUUCGACCGUGUAGUUUCCCUAAUACACGCGGGCGACAGGGAAGCCCUUGAAAGGGAUGCCAAUGCUCCUCCAAGAACACGUCUUGUUCCUGAGAUCUUGCUAAAGUUGGCUAGAUGGAUCAGCCCCUUUUGAUGCCUUCUUUUUUUAAUCUUUUCUUGUUCUCAUGUGUUAAAUGCUUUGUACUCUGUAACUAUAUUUUAUUCAAUCUUUUCUGGUUCAAGAAUUUUAUUCUACUCCCAGGAAUUUGACACCAUAAGUUGUACACGAUUUAUGUACAUUUGGAAGUAUUGUGGUACAAAGGCCUCUUCAGUAGAUUGAGAAAGUAUGUACGAAUGGAUACUACAACUGUAACAUACUUGGUC